AUUUUUUAAAAAAUUUGUGGUGACACUAUUAAGUAAAGUUUGACCUAGUGAAAAGAUUAAUAUUCCGUCUCACACAACCAUAAACUAGGAGUCUCGUUGGGGUAAAAUUAGAUUCCUUACAUAUCCCCUAACUCCUACUCUCUCUGUCCCUAAUUGUUUGCUCCACUUUCUUUUUUAAGGCGUCCCCAAAAGAUUACUCCAUACUAUUUUUGGCAUGUUUUCCCACUUGCACUCUUUCUAUCUCUCUCCUCAUUGAUAUUUGUGUCAACCCAUGUACAUCAUUUUUUACCCAAAAUCUUAAUAAAGUAGAUUUAUGAUUUGGGGCAAAUAAUGGGGAUAGAGGGAGUAUUCCUAAUGAACUACAUCGGCUAAUCUGAAAUGAGUUAUCUUGUUUGUUACUUUAUGUGGAGUGCACUUGAAUAAUAAUAAAACACUGAAGUUUCUUGUUAAGAGAGUUAAAAAUCAAGCAAAAAACACAAUAGUAAAUCAAGAGUCAUUUUCCAUUGUUGCCAUUAAAAACCCUGGUCUGACAGAAAAACAGAAACAGAGACACUCUGAAACUUGAAUGCCUUUCUCACAUGACUUUCCUGCCAUCUCCCGUGUAAGUGUAACCCAAUUUUACCCCUUCCUCUCCUUCGUCUUUCCAUUUCCAACCCCCUCUCUCUCUUUCCAUUUUAUCCCACCUUUCUUCUCAUUUUUGUCAUUUUAUUCAAAAAUUAAAUUAAUUUCCAAAGCUGUAAAGCUUGUUACCUGUGAUUAGUCUGGCUCUCCCAACCAUGGAAGCUUUUAGCUUACUCAAGUACUGGAAAUCCGCUGCUGGUAGUGGUGGCCCACCUCUUAUAUCUCUACCUUCAUCUCACAACUCUUCUUCUUCCUCCUCCGCGGCAACCACCAUUAUCUCCGCCGUAACUCAAAACUCCGACCACGACUCCGACGCCGAAGACGGUCCUUUCUUUGACCUCGAAUUCGCCGUGCCUUCCGAAGACGACGAUAUCAACAACAACAACGAUGUUAACAACGAAGACGAUGACGAUGAUGUUGAUUGUAAUGAAGAGGAUGAAACAGAGGAGAGAGAAAACGAGAUUGAUGAUGAAAAUGAGGUGGAAGUAGUAGAGGAGAGAGAGUUGGAACCAAACCUUAUUAUCUCACCGUCGGAUGACUUGUUUUUCAAAGGAAGGAUACUUCGAAUCGACGGUUCUGAAGAGGAGGAGAUGAUGAACUCCGGUAACAAGUCCGGUCAGUUUCCGAUUCCGGUGUCGCUUGCGAAAUCGGCGACCAAGUUUCGCGUGUUUUUUCUAGGGUUGAAACGGUCAAAGUCUGAGUCAAAGCAAUGUCAUUCUCAAAAUCAGCCAAACAACAACAAUAACAAUAACAACCACCAAAACAAGAAGUUUUUCACAGUGAAAUUCAAAGUGGAAGAGGUUCCGAUUUUCUCUCUCCUCACUCGCGCUUCUUCCAAUUCCAAAGUUAACUCCACAACAACACCCGCCGCCGCCGUCGCAUCCUCCGCCGCCGUGAAAAGCGGCGCGAAUGCAGAGGAGGAGGAGAAAGAGGAGCAUCAGAAAUCCGACGGUUCGGCGUCGCAAACGGAAGGUUCUGGAGACGAGAAGAAGAACAAGAAGGAAGUGGUGCAAAAAUACUUAAAAAUGGUGAAGAUCAAAGUGUCGAAAAAAGCAGCGGAGAGAGAAACGACGACGGUUGAGAAGAGGAGAGAGAAAGUGUCGCAAAAACAAGGGUUGAAUUUGAAGGUGAUAGCAAAGAAGCAUUUAGGUAAGAGUAAGUCGGCGGUUGUGCAUUCUAUGGUGCAGAAUACGACGUCGUCUAAGAAAAGAGAUGAUUCUCUUUUGCAGCAACAAGAUGGUAUUCAAAGCGCCAUUUUACACUGUAAACGCUCCUUCAAUUCCUCCACUGAUUUCUUCGAUGGUGUGGAGGCGAGCUCGGUGUUACUGAAUACUACGGAUGUUGCGGCAGCGGCGGUGGAGGAGGGAAACGGCGGCGUAGCGGUGUAGUAGGGAGAGAGUAGCGAAUAGGGGUAGAGUAUUGUAAAUUAUUAGGGUGCACAAAAAGGAAUAAAAAUUAAAAAAAAAAAUGAAGAUAUAAGGGGAGUAUUACUAGUCAGUAAAAAAGUACUGUAGGACUGUAAAAGAUGGUAAAAAAAGUGGUGUGAGAGCAUCUUUUUCGUGCAAAAGAAUGGGAAAUAUAUAAAAAUCCGUAUCUUUUGUCAUAA